AUGGACAAGGCCGAGCUCCAGCAGAGCCAUAGACUGAGCAGGCUACUCAGAGCUGCAGUCUCCCCGUGGUCCUCGAACUCAACCAGCGGAUUACUGGAUGGACCUUUCACACGGACGUAUCCUUUGGGGGAGCAGCUUCUUGAAGACAUUUCUCUCCUGUACAACAAGGAACUGAAGACUCGACACUUAGCAGGAUGUAACUAUUCCACUGGCGAUCAUGUCAAGAAGAACAAAAGCGGCUACUUCUUGUUUUGCUCCACCGCCUCCUCCUCUGUGGGUGAUUUAACAACCAUCAAACCAGCCCCGGCUAACGCUAGCUCACAUCACAGUCUUUAG